CAAAUGAUCGUAGACACAGCUGUAUAAUGUACUUAUAAUCAAUUACUUCGUUUACUAUCCCAUAGUUAUCUUUUCCCCACACCCGCUUCAUUUUCUCAAUCAAAUUAUAUCUAUCUUCCCCAUUAUCUUGCAUGUCAUCAUUCGACGAUCAUGUCUAGUCUCCACCAUCUCGUCCCACUUCUUUUUCUUAUCGCUCCCGCCCUCUCUCAAUACACUGCAACCUAUUCACCUUACUCGCUGCCAGAAACAACUGAACAAGGCCAAUAUGGCACCAAUGCCUGCGGGACAUCAUCCUCCCAAGAUUCAAAAUGUCAGAAUGUGUACGUCAAUGGAGUAGACGAUUUCUGUCUCUGGGGACCCCCGGAGACAACAAGUAAUGAAGGAGAUGGAACUAGUAAAAUUGGGAAUGUGGAACAGAUAGUCGUUAGCUAUUGCUUGAAGGACGGUUAUGGCACACGUCUCAUUCCUCCCGGUUCAAUUACAGGCGCCCAUUUUGUUAAAGUCCUAAGCGAAAAGGUCUCGUACGUCCAAGUCACUGGCGUCGGAGAUCUUACCAAACUUUUGAUUCCUGCAGGAGAUGACGGUGGUGAACUCGACCCGCACUCUUGGACCGGCCUCGGUAACCCGCAAGGUGGUUUAGUAUUCACCAAUGCUUUCACGGGAUCUUAUGAGCAAACUCACGAGUGGACUAGCUUCAUGUCUGCAGAUGAAUUCUGCAUACGAGCAUGUCGGGACGGAGACAACGCUGCCGCUUAUUGCCAACACAUCUACGACGUUUUAAGCUGCAGCUUCACAAUCCCAGGCGACAUGUCCCCCGGCUUCGACUCUUGUCUCGGUGAACCCACUGAAGAAGCACCAGGUGUCUACUCUGGUUCCACUUUCCGUCAAGGCGACCCUACGACCCCGGCGCCUCAUCCGGCUGGGGCAACUUCCGAGUGUCAGGUUUAUUCGUCAGUUGGUGGGGGUAACGCCAACAUUGGCCAAGGCGCUGUUGUGUCAGCAGCGACAACGACGCGGAGCUCCAGUAGUGCAGAAGAGACGAACAGCCCGAGCUCAAUUUCAGCAAUAGAUUCCACUACAUCGUACACGUCCUACACCUCACCUUCAAACACCACCGUCUUCGCAUCUGCCACCUCCACCCUUUCAAACUUGAGCACUGUAGCGACCACCACCACUAUCAUCACUUCCGCCUCCUCAUCUUCUGUCCCGUCCUUUUCGUCCACGUCUUCAUCUUCAUCUAAUGCUGCGACAACAACAGCCCUCAACAAUGCCCAAUCCAACGGAUAUCCAAAGGCUAUCGAGGGGAUGGGGAUCGCGAGUGUUUGCAUAGCUGGAAUGUUCGCAUUUUCGUUCUUUAUUUGAUAAGAGCGAGGAACUCCACCCAUAAUUUGCCGGGAUGCUCGGGGCGGUUGGAAUAGGUCGUUAGAGAGGAGAAUGGAUAUAAUGCCGAUCUAUGGUCGCUAGCUUUUCGGUGUCAAAUACGGUUUAGGGGGUGUACGAGUAGCGGUCUUGUUGUACAUCAUACUUGGAGCAUAUGGACGUUAUACGGACAUUAUUUGAAGCCGCAGACUUUUUUAAGAAUUUAUUGCAGUUCUAUAAAACCUUUACCACUUUUUAGUUAGGAUCAUAUAAUU